AUGUACAACUUCAUCACCACUUUGCCUCACAAAUUGCUCAUUGACUCGCUCCAUCGUCUUGGGUUCUGCUGUUCUUACCAGGAAGUUCAAACGUUUGGAAAAAAUGCAGCUGUGACUCAAGGAACUGGCAUACCUAAUCACACUUCUGAAUUUGCUCGAUACGUGGCAGACAAUGUUGAUCAUAAUGUAAGAACAUUGGACGGAAAUGACACAUUUCACGGGAUGGGGUUAAUAGCUACUGUUACCCCUGGUGCAAAACAAACGCAAGUUAUUUUAAGAAGAAAGGUUAAUCCAACAGAGGUAUUAGCAUGUGGACAAAUUCAAAUUCAGUACCAAAGGUUAGAAGGCAAUGCUGAAGUUAAAAUCAGAUACCGAGACGUCUGUAUUAGGAAAGCCACUGAUCCAACAACUAAUCUAGACGUACUUUGGAAAACAUCGCUCCUAUUUGGUGUAUCAAGACCGGCCUUGUCUGGCAUUUUCUUUGUGGGCGCCGUAUUCAUAUUCAUAGACUUCCAGAAGGCGUUUGAUUGCUUUUCACACUCAAUUCUUCUCCACAAGCUAGAGCACAACUUUGGAAUCACGGGAAAAAUACUGGCAUGGCUAAGAGAUUAUCUAUCUGAUCGGGAGCAGUAUACUGUAAUUAAUGGCGUACCCUCUGAGAAUACCAAAGUUGCACACGGUAUACCACAGGGCUCCGUACUCGGGUCCAUACUCUUCGCCUUGUACACAAGCGAUCUACCGAAAGCAGUUAACACUGCAACGACGUUCCUGUAUGCAGAUGAUACUACCAUGUACUGUGUUGGUGAAUCCGUAGACCAGGUCACAACAACGCUGAACAAAGCUCUAGAAGAACUCGCCCUCUGGUGCAAACAUAACUCCCUGGUAUCACACCCCAAAAAGUGCGAGGGAAUGAUCCUUAAACGAAAUCAUUUUAUCGGUCCCUUAGGCAGUUUAAAAAUUAACCAGCAUCUCAUAGAAUGGUCCUCAAGUUCUAAGCUGUUAGGUGUAACCAUUCACAACAAGCUUACGUGGACAAAACACAUAUCAGAGCUCAAGAGAGGGUUCGUUAAAAAGCUCAAUCUAAUCAAACGCAGCCGCUUUUUACCCAGGAAUUCGCUUUUAGAUCUGUAUUUUAAAGUCAUUUUACCCUCGGUUACAUAUGCGUUACCAAUUUGGGGGUGUUGUACAAAUAAAAAUGAAUUUAAUUCUUUGGAAUCCAUACAUUGUAGGGCUGCUAGAGUUAUAUAUAACCUCCCGCGCGACAUGCCCUCUGAGGAUGUAAGACAAACAGCUAACUGGGACUCUUUAUUCGACACUUAUAAGGUCAAAAUAGCCACCUUAAUUUUUAAUAUAUACAACCGCAGAACUUCAUCAUGCUUGGAACAUAUAAUCCAAAGGAAAGAGUCUAAGUAUGACCUCCGUCAUCAACAUCGUGUUAGCGUACAACGUUUUGAAACUUAUUGUAUGAAAAACUCUAUUUCUUACUGAGGAUCCAUUGUUUGGAAUCUUUUAGCUACCAUCCGCUAUCAGCGCCAGGGAAUAUACCAAAAGGGCAAAAAAGUCUCACGCCCUCAGAAACUUGAACUUUAAUGAAGAGUCACCUCAAAUGGGUCGUCCCCAAAUUGACAGUGAUUUCGUCUUUUAUUAACUCUAUUCAUAUCUUUUAUUGUACAUAUUUCACCUUUUAUUGACUACAUUCAAUUUUAAUAAUUUUUAUUAUUUUAUUUUAUUGACAUUUUUGACACGGCCCCAUAAGCUAUAUUAGCUUUAAACCCCACCAUGUUUAAAUAAAAGAUGUUGUUUUUGUUGUUGUCUAGGCAAUCAUCCUGGUCAAUCAUCUGCAGUCUUUCUUUCAAUGAUAAACAUGAGCUCAAGUAACACUACAUGCAUCUUCUCCACACUGAAGUUUAUUUCAGAACACGCUCGACAUCAUAAAGUGCUCUGUAUGCAGAUUUAA